AUGCUUUCGAAUUUUGCAGCAAGAGCUUUGCACUCUAUAUUUCAGCUUUGGGGAAUUUCUGGAACAAGUCAAAGAUGGAACAUUAGCGGCGAAUUAUGCAGCGGAGUUGCAAUUGAUGAUACAGCAAUUCGCGAUAUCAAUCCGGGUAUUAAAUGUGAUUGCUCUUUCAACAAUCGUACCGUUUGCCGCAUUACUGCACUGAGAGUUUAUGCAUUGGAUGUUGUGGGUCCAAUCCCGAAUGAGCUUUGGAAUUUGACUUACCUUACUAACUUAAAUCUAGGCCAAAACUAUUUGACGGGUCCACUGCCUGCAUCUAUUGGAAACCUCGCUCGCAUACAGUACUUGAGUCUUGGAGUUAAUGCAUUAUCAGGGGAGCUUCCUAGGGAGCUUGGGAUGUUGACAGACUUAAGAUCGCUGAGUUUCAACACAAACGAUUUCUCUGGUCCUCUACCAUCUGAGCUUGGGAAUUUAACAAGACUUACUCAAAUUUACUUUGAUAGCGCUGGAGUUAGUGGGCCAAUACCCCCAACAUUUUCUAGUCUAACGGGAUUGGAGAAAGUGUACGCCUCAGACAAUGAAUUCACUGGUCAAAUUCCUGACUUUAUCGGGAAUUGGUCAAAUCUACUUGUCCUGAGGUUUCAAGGAAACUCCUUUCAAGGGCCAAUACCACCAUCAUUUUCCAAUUUGACCUAUUUGAAUGAUCUGAGAAUAAGUGAUCUAUCUAAUGGAAGCUCUACACUGGACUUCCUUAGAAAUAUGACGUCUCUAGGCACCUUAGUUUUGCGUAAUAAUAAAAUUUCUGGUUCCAUACCUUCCAAUAUUGAUGACUAUCGGAGUUUAACACUGCUGGAUUUGAGCUUCAACAAUUUGAUUGGACGCAUCCCAGAUUUACUUUUCAGUCUGAGUUCACUCACUAACUUGUUUCUUGGUAAUAAUAAUUUGAAUGGUACCCUGCCUGCAGUAAAGGGUCCAACUCUCCGGAACAUAGAUUUAUCAUACAAUUCAUUAUCUGGGAGCUUCCCUACGUGGAUCAGUGAACAAAAUUUACAACUUAAUUUGGUUGCCAACCGCUUCACCAUAGACAAUUCUAAUGGAAGUGCUUUGCCUUCCGGAUUGAAUUGUCUGCAACAGAAUUUUCCUUGUGGUCGAGGAUCACCUACCUAUCAGAUUGUGUAUGAGAUGGAUAGUGAGAGUCUUGGUCCGGCAACACAUUACACGAUCGAUACAAACAGGUGGGCAGUUAGCAAUGUUGGUCUGCCUUCUGGUAGCAAUUCACCCCAAUACAGGAAUACUUUGGAGUCAGAGUUGUUUCAAACUGCACGAAUUUCUGCUGGAUCUUUGAGAUACUACGGCUUGGGUCUUGAGAAUGGUAAUUACACUGUGACACUUCAGUUUGCAGAGAUCCAAAUUCUAGGCACUAGAACUUGGAGGAGUCUUGGAAAGCGUGUUUUUGAUGUAUAUAUUCAGGGAAAACUGGAGCUAAAAGACUUUGACGUACUAAAAGAGGCUGGUGGGACUGCUUUGAGAGCUGUUAAGAGGAAAUUGCAAGUAGAAGUGUCUGAAAACUACCUUGAAAUUCAUCUCUUCUGGGCUGGAAAAGGGACUUGUUGUAUACCUGCUCAAGGUACAUAUGGACCUUUGAUUUCGGCAAUAAGUGCCACCCCAGAUUUCGUUCCCACCGUUAGACCUCCAAGUAGGAAACACAACGGGACUGGCCUGAUUGUAGGGAUUGUAGUUGCAGUCGGAGCUGUAAUCUUUCUUUCUGUAUUUGUAGCAUACUAUUUGGCUCAGAGAAGAAGAAAGAAGAAGAGCUAUGAGGAUGAAGAAUUCUUAGGAAUGGAUACCAGACCUUACACAUUUAAUUAUGCGGAGCUAAGAGCUGCAACGGAUGACUUCAAUCCUGAUUAUAAGCUUGGAGAGGGAGGAUUUGGACCUGUGUACAGGGAGACUGAAUCUUUAUGCUUUGGUGGAGCAGGGAAUAGAAGUUUAUCUCUUGACUGGCCAACACGCUUUGAGAUAUGCUUGGGAGUAGCAAGAGAUUUUGGUCUGGCCAAAUUGUAUGAUGACAAAAAGACCCAUAUAAGCACCCGCGUUGCUGGAACAAUUGGGUAUCUUGCACCUGAAUAUGCCAUGCGUGGACACCUUACCGAGAAAGCUGAUGUAUUUAGCUUUGGAGUUGUAGUUCUAGAGAUUGUUAGUGGAAGGCCAAAUUCUGACUCAAGUUUGGAAGACGAUAAAAUGUAUCUUCUUGAAUGGGCUUGGAAUCUUCAAGAGACAAACCAAGAAAUGGAACUCCUUGACAGAACAUUAUUCGAAGUGAACGAGGACGAAGUAAAAAGAAUUAUAGGAGUGGCUCUUCUGUGCAGUCAAACAUCGCCCGGUUUGCGGCCUUCAAUGUCACGUGUGGUGUCAAUGCUUUCUGGAGACAUUGAGGUGCCCCCAAUCACUUCAAAGCCCGGAUACCUGACUGACUGGACAUUCAAUGAUGCAACAACCUUUAUGUUGAACAUGGAUAGUUCAACUUCAAGAACUGAUAUUAGUCAGGGCAAUCCAUCAAACAUAACAAGCGUGGCAACUACAGAUCCAUCUUAUUCACCUAUCUCUGAUUCGAAACCCAUUCUUCAUGAGAUUAUUGGCAGGGCAAGUGAAAUUAAAUAG